AUGGAGUUGACCAAAGCUAUAAGAAUUGGACAUUUCACGAAGAACCCUUGGGAAGCAACUACUAAUGCUAGUAGAAAUGUUGAAGAAGAUGAUGACCAUAGUAGGUACAGUUUUGUGUCUGAAGAAAUAGAGAUGGAUGAUAAUGAUUUUGGUGAUUUUGGAUCCGAUCCUUAUGAGUUUGCCAAUGUGAUUGGGGAUGGAGAUCAACCAUUGUACCCUGGUUGUAGAAAGUACACGAAGUUAUCAGCAUUAGUGAAGUUGUAUAAUUUGAAGGCAAAACAUGGGAUGAGUGAUGUCUGUUUUACAGAAUUAUUGAUACUUCAAGGCAAUUUGCUUCCAGAAGGAAAUACAAUAUCGGCCUCUAUGUAUGAGGCAAAAAAGACUUUGUGUGCAUUGGGGCUGAGUUAUGAGAAAAUGCACGCAUGCCCCAAUGAUUGCAUCUUGUAUAGGAAGGAGUAUGAAGAUUCAACUAAUUGUCCUACUUGUGGUAUCUCAAGGUGGAAGGAAGGCAAAGAUUCAAUCUUGAAAGAGGGUGUGCCAGCGAAGGUGGUGUGGUAUUUUCCUCCAAUUCCAAGGUUUAAAAGAAUGUUUCGAUCACAUGAGACGGCUAAGAGUUUGACUUGGCAUGCUGCUAGAAAAUCAAUUGACGGUCAAAUGUCUCAUCCGGCGGAUUCCCCGUCUUGA